UAAGAUUCAUUAUUUUUUAAAAUAAUCGCGUAGAAUUUUGAAAAUAUUUUAGUUUAAGCGGAGCGAUUUGGCUGAAUUGGUCAGGUUUGGGUGACUACAUCAAAACUUGAUUUCAAAACUCAAAAGGGAAUUUAAUUAAUAUGAAGAAAAACUGCCCCUGCUCUGUGCUAUUCAGUGUGGAGAGUGUCUGACCAGGAUGAGAGACAGUCCCAGAAGGCCCUUAAUCCUAAAGAGGAGGAAGCUCUCUUUGCCCCAAAAGGAGGACACAUCUAGGGAUGAACCAGAUGGGGCACAGAAGAGAACUAGCAGUUCCAGCGGCCAGAGAUUCCCAGAUGGGAUCCGGAUCUUGGACCACCCCUCUAUGCCCAACACACAGGUGGUGGUCAUCCCCAAAACUGCAAACCUCCAGAGCAUCAUCGGGGCCCUAACUGCCAAAGGGAAGGAGUGCGGCUCCCAGGGCCCAAACAAGUUCAUUCUACUCAGCAGUGGAGGAGGAGCAGGAGACGACCCUGGAUCCCCCAGACACGACUGUGCUGUCCAGCCCAAGAGGGAACUGAAUUCGACUUCCAGUCACUCUGUUGGAGUGUCUGAUCACGUUGAGGCUUCCCAAUCAGUGUUAGAUGCCUUGCCAGGCGUAUUUGUGGAACCCAAACCUCUUCAAGAAAUUAAACCUGCAAAUAAGAAUCUUGAUUGCUCUCCUCUGGAUGACAGUCUGACAAAUAUCCAAUGGCUCGGGAGGAUGAGUACAGAUAGCCUGGGACCUUGCGCGGUUAAGACUGAGGCAGAUAAAGAAAACCUGAACAUCAACAUACAGGCGAUCCAUGGAAAUGAAGAUGAUGCAGGGCCUUCUUCCUCAAAAGACACCCUCUCUGAGAGACCACCCUACUCCUACAUGGCUAUGAUCCAGUUUGCUAUUAACAGCAAAAAGACCAAGCGGAUGACUCUGAAAGAAAUCUACACCUGGAUUGAAGACCAUUUCCUUUACUUCAGACACAUAGCUAAGCCUGGCUGGAAGAAUUCAAUCCGCCACAACCUCUCACUUCACGACAUGUUUAUACGAGAGACCUCUCCGGAUGGAAAGAUCUCCUAUUGGACGAUUCAUCCCGAAGCUAACCGCUGUUUGACACUGGAUCAAGUUUACAAGCCAGUGGACCCCCCUGCACAAUCUUCAUUAAUGACCAAGCAGGUCUGCGAACAACAUCAGAAGCGUGCUGUACCUGAACUGAAAAAAACUGUGCCUGCAAGUAUCUCAGAGAGAAAAAUGAAGCCUCUCCUUCCUCGCACAGACUCCUACUUGGUUCCCAUUCAGCUGCCUCUUACCACUCCACUCAUCCUGCCCUCAGCCACACAGCUCCCAAUACUGGCCACUGAGAGGAAAUGCACUGCCAGCAAUCUGGGUUGGACCAACAAGAGGGUCCGCAUCGCUCCCAAGGAGGGCUCCGAAAUAAUUUGUACCAACAGGAAAUUUGUGGUAACAAGUAAAACUGAUGAUCCACCACAGCUAGAACCUAGGCCUCCAAACCGGGGAUCUCCUGCCCUGGAGACCCCUUCUGUCAGGCAGCCCAGGGAGAGGAAGGAGACGAGCAGCUCCAGGAGAAAGCAGUGCCUCGUCCUCCCGUGCACAGAGGAGCCUGUCAUUUUCUUCCCAGAGAGCAGCAUCUUUGAUUCAGGAAUGGUUUCUGACCUCUCCACCUUCCAGGACACUAGAGAGCCUGAGCUAGAUAGCCCUGGGAAGGGUUUCUCUUUUAAAACUCCCAUCAAGGGCAGUCUACCAACCUCCUCCUCAACCCCAAGCAAGCCUGUUCUGGAAGAGCCCUCACUUCUGCCUGCACUACUGCUGCAGGACUUAUGGAGAACCACUCCUUUGAAGAAAGGGGGUGCGAACAUGCUUGAUUUCAGCCCCAUCCGCACCCCACGUGGUGUCCCUCUUGCCCCCUUGCGAGAGGACCCGGCCCCUUUUAACUUCAGCAGCACUCCAUUCAAGGAGAUGCCACUCUUUGAUUCUCCACAGGAGCUGCUGAGCAGCCGUUCCUCCACUCUGCUCACUUUGCCCUGCUCAGGCUCUCCUAUCUCCAUGUCUGACAGGCCCAAGAGAUGUUCACGUGAGCUUCAGAUUGGGACCCCAGUGGCAAACCACUCUGUGGCUGAGGGUCUGGUCCUAGACACCAUGAACGAUAGCCUUAGCAAGAUCCUGGUGGACAUUAGCUUCACCGGCCUGGAGGAUGAGGAGCUAGGUAUGGACAACAUCAGCUGGUCCCAGUUAAUCCCAGAACUAAAGUGAUUCCCACCCCAUGACUUUGGAGACCCCUUCUGUCUUCUUUCCCCACUUCCCCAAAAAGGAAAUUACUUUGAAACUAGUAUAAGGUAGACUCACUGUGACUUACCUGUGGUAUAUUGCGUUUUUUUUUAAUCUGCUGCUCAUUGCAAAAAUAGUUCUGUGUUGCAUUUUGAUGCGCCUUAGUAUGGAGUGUGGUGAAUAUUCUGAAACUGUUCUCUACUGCUCCUGUUCUAGGCACUUUGUAAGAUCUAUGCAAACCAUAAUCUUGCACCUAAAAGUACUCAUCUCCUCUUAUUACUGUUUUAUUUUUAACAAUUGCACUGCAUUUGCAGGAGACCAACUGAAAAGAAGGAAAUUUACUGCUGCAUUGAAAAAACAAAAACGCCACACAAUUCUGCACAAAUAAUUCGAUGCCUUUUCCUGUUUCAUAAUUUUCUAAUGUAAAUAUCACUUUCUUAUUUCUUAAUUUGCACAUUCUGUAUAUUUUUAUUUCAAUACAAAUCAAAAUAAUUUCAAAACAAAUAAAAUGCUAUUCUCUAUACUUUUUGUAAGACACUACCAUGCUAAGUUUAUAUAGAAUGACCUUUUAUAUGCCUGGGAUGAGAUUCUUUCCUCUGUAGAAAGAUUGCAGGGCUACCCUUAUAAUUUAUAGCUUAACAUUGUUCAGUGCAUUUUCUCUGCCAUGCACAUCCAUUCAUUAUAUGGGUCUCAAAUUUACAGCAAAAAUGGAUUUUCAUUUUCAAACAUGAAAUCUGGUUCUACACCAGGUUAAAGAAAUUUCUUUGCAAAUCAUGCUUUUCGGUUUAACACUUCCUGCGUCAUUUCACCUUAAUUGUCCCCACCCCCUUUCACACCUUUUUCCUGUCCAUAACCAAUCAACUGCUUUCCCUAUUGACUGACAUGCUUUCAGCCAGUAACAUGCUUUUACCCAUAAGACCCUGAUGGGGUGAAGUGAUCAAGGAAGUAAAGCAGUAACAGACUUUCUAAAAGACAAGGCAAGCAAGCAACUCUUUAACCUAGUGCCGUACCAGAUGCCAUGUUUCAAAAUGAUGUUUCUUUCAAACCUGCACGAGACCUAUGAACUAAAUGGAAGUGCAAAAUGGGUAAGAUAUAUGGAAUUAUUUUGUUAGCUGCAAUUACUUUAAGUUGUCGGUGUGCUGUAACCAGACUCAGGUUUCUAAAGUGAUUGCUUCUGCUCAACAAGACUGUUGUGUAGGCUUGCUAGUAUGCAGAGAAUAUAUUUUUUGCAUGUAUAGAAGGCUUUGCUGAGAGAAACUGUUCAAGUUGUAUCUUUUAUUACAAAUAUACAACCUGAACAGUUUCUCCUAGCAAAGCUAUGGACACACACACACAAAAAAAAAAUGUGCACAGCAAAUGUGUCAGAGCAUUGUGAAAACUGGAGGGUAUGUGGAGGAUGGAGGGUGAUAUGCAAGGAAUUUAUGAUGGUGAUGCACCAUUUGACCACUAGAUGGCUGUUCAGUUAUGUCAUCAUUUAAGUAGAACUGAAAUCCAUGAAAAACAGCAAUGUGCAAAUUAUGUGUGGGUGUGUUAUAUAUACUGUAUGUAUGAGAAAAUAUAGGUUAUACUCUACCAUGCAUUGAAAAAUAUUUGGAAUGAAAAUAUGGGUACUGCAAACCAUCCUACUUUGGCCCAGUUCUCCAGAAUAUAUGUCAGAUUUUUUUUUAUUUUAAUAUAUAAAUACAUUACUUACUGGUUUUUCCCUUGUGCUGUAGAUUGUAUAAAUGCAUUUAAUAUAUAAUUCCAUUUGGUGGCUAGGCCAAUCUGAGGUAGUCUCCAAGCAGCCUGAAGAAAUGAUCUGCCCUAAUAUUGCUACAGAACAUUAACAUGAAUAUACACCACAAGCAGUUUUAUUUUAAAACCACGAUAGAUAGGCAACUCAGGAAAGUAACAUUAACUUAAGUUGAUUUUUGUCUGUUCUAUUGUGCCCCGCAACUGCCUGCUGAGAAUUCCAGCAAUAUGUCUCAAACAUUUAGGAACAGCUUAAUAUGAAUAGAACAUUGUGCUUUAACAUAUUUUAAAAUAUCAUGUGAAGAGAUUUUGUAUAAUAUGAAAUAUUAUAAAAGGUAAAACUGCCAGUCUUUGCGUGUGCAUGUCGUCUGUGUGUGAUGAAUGCCUACAACCUGUGUGCAUUAAUUGUUAAAAUAAUAUCUGAAGUUAGAAAGUUUAGAAUUGUGCUUAAUGAAAACCAUUGUCAAAAAUCUUCCCGCUGAAUGCAAAUAUUGGUCUUGUUUAUUCUACAGUAGCAUGUUCAGUAUUUUUCAUAUUUAGCCUAUAUGUUGUACACCUGUAGUAGUAGUAUUAUAUACACGUUGUAGAAUACAAUACAGAACAGAUUUUUCUUAGUUUAAGAAAUCAAAUAGAAUUGAACACCCCUAGUGUGUUUGUGUGUGAUAUGGCAUUCAUAAGUCCAGCAAUCAGUUUUGGAAAACAGUUGCAAAAUAGUAAUUCUCAGCAGAUACCUAAAAAAAAUAGGGUUAGUUUUCAUUAAAGCAGUUCUAAAUCUGUAACUUUUAAUAUGUUUGUUGAGUUACUGGUUGUAAAUAAUAUUGUAAAUACAUUUCUAUGUACUCUAAAGGGGAACUGUAUCCAGCAGAAAUGGUAGUGAAAAUUAAAUGCUUGUGCUGCUUUUCUUUUUAAUUGCCCUGAGAGUUGCAUGUCCCUUUUUGCCAGAAAGGGAAAAUAACAGCACAAAACAAUGACAGUAUUGAGUGUACAUAAUAACCUUGCCAUUGUCCUGUUCGCAUUAAACUCACAAUACUCACAAUGUUUGUCUGGUUUUAUCACCAGUGGGAAAACUUUUUACACAGUUCAGCAAAAUAAGUGGUACAUAAAUUGCAUCUGUAAUAACACUGGAUGAUGUUUUUAAAAAAAAUCUGUAAUUUUAAGGUUUUGAUCAACUUUUAAAGCAUUUGAUUUUGCACACUUUCAGGCAAUGGAUUCACCCUUGGAUAACUAAGUUGUAAAAUGUAGGUGUCCUUUAACUUGCACUGGUUAAUUUGCAUACUAUUUCACAUUGAUUUGAUCAUCCACAUUCUUCUGUCCAAUUUAGCGUGGCGCAUGUGCCAGUACUGUCAUGUAAUAAAUAUAUUCUAAAAAUACUAAAUUGUGGAACUGUAUUGUCGUGUGUUUCUGUGGUUAUUUUACAGUCAGG